AUGCCGCCUCCACCCUCAACCACGCGGCCCGUACCGCCAGGUAUGGAUGGGCGCCUCUGGAUGCAAAUGAAAGCUGCAUUCAAUGACGACCCAAAAGCACGUCUGCACGCCUGCGUCCGCAACAACGACAUAUCCACGCUGCGAGAGCUCCUCCCUCUCUGCGGGACUGGUGAGCUUGACCUCAACUACUGUGACCUAGACUUCGGCUCUGCUCUUCAAGUCGCUGUAUUAUGCGAUAACAUGAGGGCGGUAGGCAUCCUCCUUGAUGCCGGCGCAAGCCCUUGGGCUUUCAAUGGUUCUACUGAGCCGCAAACUUCGGCGCUUGACGUGGCGAUUCAAACAGGCAACCGUGACAUGUUCACUCGUAUUUGCGAAAAGAUGGCCUUGGGAAUCGAUGAAAUUUUGCAACUUGUAACGGGCUAG